UUAUAUAGUGAAAGAUCAUUGCAUUCAUUUCUCCCAUUUAUCUCCUUAUCCAAUGAUGCUGUUUCAAAAGCAUAGAGUUUUCAUUCUUAUUGAAGUAAAGACUCAAUGAGACAACUUCAUUUGAAUAAAAUAUCGAUAAGAAAUCUUGAAGAAAUAUUAUACGUUAAGUUGUUCGGUAAAGAACUUCAAUGUAACUUAUACGAUUAGGAUCUUAUAAAGGCGCUCUCCUGUGGUAAAACAAGCGAUGAACAGGAAGAAGUUCUUCUAUAUGUUUAUGCUGAUGGUGGCAUUGUUUACUUCAUCAUCAACUAUAGACCCACCAAAUGGAAUGAUUGCAAAGACAACAUGUAGAGUAUUAAAGUACGAGGUUCCACAUCAAUUUGCCAGUGUGGAUUUUGCUUUGGAAGAUCUGAGACCAAAUUUGUUGACCAUAAAUCGUUUUAAAGACCUCAUUAAUUCAGCAAAAAAUUGCUCUAUUGUUAGUAGCAUUAAUGUAAUUAGCGUGGACUUUGAAAGACGAGACACAACAAGAAUAGAGAUCAUAGAAAAGAUAACAUUGAAAUUGUCAGCUGAUAGUACGAUAAAUCUGCCACAAGAAAUUGUAACAAGUCUAAAAUUUUGUGUCAAAAAUGUCGCCAAUAAUAAUGAAAUUAAUUCAAUUGCCUUCACAGUAAAUCUGACAUUGAACACAACAGGACUCCCAAUUAAAUCCCUCCACAUUGGUGGCAUAGUAGUAGAUGAUAGGAGCACUUGCUGCUCCACUUUACAUGGUAUACAGGAGGAUGUGUGUUGUCCACGCAACCUUAUUGAACAAGGAGAUUUCUGCGAAUGUUCCGAUGGUAACUUCUUAAACUUAACUCAAACGUGUGAAGCUUGUCCUGUGGACACAUUUCAAAAUAUUUCUGGAAGUGUUAACUGCCAACGUUGUCCAAUAAACACAACUACGUAUGGAAAGAAACAAUCGAGAGAUAUUUCUUCUUGUUUACAAGCUUGCUCAGUUGGAUUUUUUUUUGAAAAAAGAAGAGAAGUUUGCAAACAAUGUCCUCUUCAUACAUAUCAGCCUGAGAUGGCAAAGACUGAAUGUAUUGAAUGUCCUAAUGGAAGAAUUACCUUGAAUACUUCAAGUAAAAACAGCGACGAUUGUAUACAAAAUUGUUCUGCUGGUUCAUUCUACUCAUUUCAAACCCACCAAUGUGAAUACUGUCCAGUUAACUUUUAUCAACCACACUAUGGUCAAAUUGGUUGCAUUGCCUGUCGUAAUGGUACAGUUACAGCCGAAAAUGGAACAGUCGACGAUCGUGGCUGUAUCAAAGACUGCAAUCCUGGUUAUAGAUUCAAUCAAUCAGAUUGUGUACUUUGUCAUAACAACACGUAUCAACCAUUGAGAAGUCAGAUUCAUUGUGACAAGUGUCCUGAUGGUACAAUAACUUACACUGAAGGACCUUAUGUGAAUGUGACCUACUGUAAAGAAGAAUGUCGUCCAGGAUAUUAUUUUAAUUUGUCUGAAAUGGUUUGCAAAAAAUGUCCACGAAACUCGACACAAGAGAAUAAAGGGCAAACUACAUGUCACUUGUGUCCAAUACAUCUACCAAUCACAGAGAAAGAAGGAACAGUUUCUCAACUUGACUGUAUACAAAAAUGUAAUGCAGGUUCUUAUUUUAACAAAACGACUUUAAACUGUACCAAAUGUAGAAGAAAUAGUUAUCAACCAGAUGUCGGAAAAACAAAUUGUUUCAAGUGUGGAAUGAACAAGAUUACCAUAGCAACUGGAGCCAUCGACGAGACCAAAUGUGUUGAAAAUUGUGCAACUGGUUUUUUCUUCAACCAAAGUACAAAAACUUGUGAAAAAUGUCCUUUAGGAAGUUACAAACACUUUAUUGGUCAUUAUCCAUGCCUAUCUUGCAAUGUUAAUUAUACAACAAUACAUAAAGGGCGAAUUACAGAGUCUGAAUGCAUUCUAAAAUGUUUUGAAGGAAAUUACUACAACAUAACAAGCCAAAAAUGUAUUUCUUGUCCAUUAAAUACUUAUCAAGAUAAGGAAGCAGCAACAGAAUGUACUUUAUGUCCCAAUAAUGGUGUUACACAAAAAUCAGGAGCAGUAGGAUUGAGAGAAUGCAACAGCAUUGUCACUGGGUCACAGGAAUCAGACAAAAAUAACAUAGUAAUUGUGAUUUCUGUCGCGGUGAUAGCGGUCAUUUUUAUACCAAUAUGCAUGCUUUUGUUGUGCUACUAUCGAAAAUGGCGAAUAAAAGAAAAUGAGAGAAGAAUGUCUGACCGACCAUUAGACCCAGAUAGCCGUGCUUCAACAUACUACGAUGAUAAUCCAGGAAAAAGACCGAAAUUUCAUUCAUCCUUAAGUUCUGGUUUAAAUCAUCAUUACAGAAUGCAGGGCACUGGCCUCUCGAAAAAUGAUAGCACACCAAUAAUAAAGAUCGCACAUCUUCCAACAGGACUUGAAAUUCCUAGGAGUAAUUUAAAUUUUUUAGGUGAAGUUCUCGGAAAAGGAAACUUUGGAAGGGUUGAAAAAGCAAUUCUACGUAAUGGUGAAACUGAACAUGUUGUAGCGGUGAAAAUGAUAAAAGGAGGUGCAACACUUUCUGAUGAAAAAGAGUUGUUUGACGAGCUCGAAAUGCUGGUCAACCUUCAGCCACAUCCUCACCCAAAUAUUGUAAAUCUUAUAGGUGGAAGCACUACCAGUGAUGGACCUUUGUUUUUGGUUGUCGAAUAUUGCAGCAAGGGAAACUUGUUAAAAUAUCUGCAGAAACAUCAAGAUCAUAAAAUAGCGAGUCAAGAUUAUGUCAAUGUUACUCCUCUCUCAGAUGUAACUUCUACAAUUUCCUAUGAAUGGAAAUUAAUGAAAGCUUUAGAAGUUUGUAGUGGAAUGUCUCAUUUAGCCAAGUUUAAGAUAAUACAUCGAGAUGUAGCAGCUAGAAAUGUUUUGUUGGACGAAAAUCUUGUUGCGAAAAUUUCAGAUUUUGGAAUGGCAAGAGAUAUUUAUAUUAAACAGAUAUAUCGUAAAGAUACUGAGGGAUUUCUUCCUGUGCGUUGGAUGGCUAUUGAAUCACUAGAAUCUUUCAUAUAUACCACUCAAAGUGAUAUAUGGUCCUUUGGAAUACUUCUGUGGGAAAUAAUCACUGAUGGACGUGUACCAUACAACAAUAUACUGGAUCACGGCCAGCUCUUGGAUUACAUAAAAUCUGGUCAAAUUAUGAAGAGACCACGGAACUGUCCGAAAGAUUUAUACCAAAUUAUGGAAAAAUGUUGGUCAAGUAAUCCAACACAGCGGCCAACGUUUCCAUAUCUUGUGAAUGUAUUAGAAAAUUUAUACGAUGAUGAACUGCAUAAGAGCGACGCUCUACCUCAAAGAAUUCUCCGAAAAAUGAGCAGCCGACGCAAAAAGAAAAGAGCAGAAGAAAAGAUGGACUAUGUUUGCCAUAAAUUAAAUGAUAAAAAUACAAUCAGCAACGUUGAAAAAAUGGAAGAAGAACAAAUGUCAAGAACAGAAAAAAUUCUCAAUGACGACAAAGAUCAAAGAGAAAGUAAUUUUAGUGAGUUUUCUAACUUUGGCAAAGAUGUACUUUAUAAUAAGACAAAAAUCAAAGCCAAUAAUGCAACAGGUGGCAAUUACGAACUUCAAGAACAAAAAAGAAAAUAUGAAAACAUCUUUCUGUCGAGAAAUAAGAGUGGUAAUGACUUUCCGUCAUCAAAGAAAGGUGAAAAGACCUUAACACAAGGAAAAGAAGAUGAAAGCAAGAUGCAGCAACAAGAUGACUUUACAGAUUGCUAAUGUUAGUGCAACCAAAUAUUAUUGUUUUACAUGCAAUGUAACUGAUAUGAUAACUAAUAAUAACAAAUGUAUAAAUAAUCUACAGUAAAAUGCAAAACAAUAUUUGCCAUAA